UAAGGUUACAGAACGACCUUGCCUUGUCAAAGCUGCACCAUCCGGGAUCUUCAAGUAAACUGGUUGGCGCAUGCGCUGAAGGGGAAGUGCUUCGACCUCUGCUGUCGAUAUAGCCGGGCUGCUAUCUAAUCCACCAGAACAGCUACUUACACUCAAAACCCAACAUGUAUGCCUGUGCGAAAUUCGUCUCCACGCCAGCAAUGGUCCGUGCUGGCUCCAGGGCUCUCUACAGACCCCUUUCUGCUUCUGUCCUUUCCCGGCCAGAGGUCAAAACAGAGACCAGCACAGCCCUGGUACCGGCAAGCCCCCUGGCCCAGGUAGCACUUCGUGGUUUCCAGACCAGCGCCGUGAGCAGGGACAUCGACACUGCUGCUAAGUUCAUUGGUGCCGGAGCCGCCACCGUGGGAGUGGCUGGAUCUGGAGCUGGAAUCGGAACUGUCUUCGGCAGUCUCAUCAUCGGCUAUGCCAGGAACCCUUCCCUGAAGCAGCAGCUGUUCUCCUAUGCCAUUCUGGGAUUCGCUCUGUCUGAAGCUAUGGGUCUCUUCUGUUUGAUGGUUGCUUUCUUGAUCUUGUUUGCCAUGUAAAAAAAAAGAAAAGAAAACAAACCAAUCAAACCAUAUGUGAACGCACUCUUAACUACAGUUGUGACUACAUAUUUUACUGUGGCUACCAAAAUUGUCCCAUAUUGGUGUUGAAAUUGUACAUUUUUUCAGGGUGAGAUGACUGUAAGAAUAAGGAAAGGCACAUGCAUUGUACAAAUGUAAGAGAUUACAAAAUUAAAAUGCAUGUAUAUCACUUGAAAAGGAGGCAAUCUGUGUUUUUGGAAUCAUGUGUUCCUUACCAUCACAGUGGGCCAAAGGCCUAACUUUUUUGAAUGUUGCCCUGGUAUUUUUGAAGAUGAAAAGCACUUGGUUACAUUCUUCAAUAUGGCUGAUGGUCCUUAGCCAAGUCAUCCGGUUUCACUCUUCAAGUCAGUCUGAAUUGUUUGCAGGCUGCUUUGGGUCCACCCAGCUGUCAAGGGAAACGUUUAAAAAAAAAAACUCAGUUGUAAGUAGAUUGCAAGUGUUUGGGUGUCAUUACAACACGCUUGCUUUUGUAAAUUGCAUUAAAUAAAUUUAGACAUCAACGAUGUACUGGUG